CUUCCAUUGUUUUGCAGGCCGUGGUUAAACCAAGCGCAGAAAGGUCUAUUCGCACCAUAAUCAUCUGUACAAGCAAUAGCGUAAGUGAAGCAAUUGAAUAACGGUAAAGUCGGCGUCCCAUAUACAAUGUACAGUGUGAACGUGAAAAGAUUCGACUGAGGUGGAGCGGCCCAUUUAUUGUGUCAACUUGUCCUGAAUUAUUGGAAGCUACACACACUCAUACCACCUAAUUCCUGUGUCAUUCUGCGUACUGAGGAGUUUGGAUUGCUAACUCGAAAAGUCUGCAUCAAUUAAGGCAUCGGACUUGAAAGUGACAACCUCAACGGGCUGCAAAACACCAGCAUUUGUCCAAAGAGCGUCCCAGUUCUAUCAAUGAGAAAUGUUCACUCAAGUGACACCAGCUGACCCUUACCGAUGAGCAACCGUUGACUUGCGACCAAUGUGGACAGACUAUCGGAGAUCGGUUCAGCAUCAAGCGACACAAGACCCACAUGGGUGAAAAACCGCACGCCUGCGAUAUCUGUGGGAUAUCGUUUGCACGAAAUGGAAACCUCAAGCAACACAAGUUGACCCACACGAAUGAGAGACCGUACAGAUGCGACAUCUGCGGACAAUUGUUCACGCAGAAUGGAAACCUCAAGCGACACAUGAUGACCCACACCAACGAGAAACCGCACGCAUGCGACAUCUGCGGGAAAUCGUUUGUGCUGAAUGAUUACCUGAAGCAACACAAGAUGACACAUAUCAAUGAAAAACCGUACGCAUGCAACAUCUGCGGGAAAUCGUUCACGCGGAAUGAAUACCUCAAACAACACAAGUUGACCCACACGAAUGAGAGACCGUACAGAUGCGACAUCUGCGGACGAUCGUUCACGCAGAAUGGAAGCCUCAAGCGACACAUGAUGACCCACACCAACGAGAAACCGCACGCAUGCGACAUCUGCGGGAAAUCGUUUGUGCUGAAUGAGUACCUGAAGCAACACAAGAUGACACAUAUCAAUGAAAAACCGUACGCAUGCAACAUCUGCGGGAAAUCGUUCGCGCGGAAUGGAAACCUCAAACAACACAAAAUGACCCAUACCAAUGAGAAACCACACGCAUGUGACAUCUGCAGGAAAUCGUUUGCGCGGAAUGAUAUCCUCAAGCGACACAAGACGACCCACACCAAUGAAAAACCCUACGCAUGCGACAUCUGUGGGAUAUCGUUCACGAAGAAUGGAAACCUCAAGCAACAUAAGAUGGCCCACACCAAUGAGAAACCGUAUGCAUGCAACAUAUGCGGGAUGUCGUUCAAGAAAAAUAGAAACCUCAAACAACACAAGAUGACCCAUACCAUUGAGAAACCGUACGCGUGCGACAUCUGCGGGAACUCGUACGUGGGGAAUGCUAAACUCAAGAGACACAAGAUGACCCACACCAACGAGAAACCGCACGCAUGUGACAUCUGCGGAAAAUCGUUUGCGCUGAAUGAUUACCUCCAGCAACACAAGAUGACACAUACCAAUGAGAAACCGUACGCAUGUGACAUCUGCGAGAAAUCGUUUGCGCUGAAUGUUUACCUCAAGCAACACAAGGUGACCCACACCAAUGAAAAACCUUACGUGUGCGACAUCUGCGGGAUAACGUUUGCGCUCAGUGGAAGCCUCCAGCGACACAAGAGGACCCAUACAAAUGAGAAACCGUAUGCAUGCGACAUCUGCGGGAAAUCGUUCACGCGGAAUGGACACCUCAAACGACACAAAAUGACCCAUACCAAUGAGAAACCGUACGCAUGUGACAUAUGCGGGAAAUCGUUCUCGCAGAAUGGAAGCUUCAAGCAACACAAGAUGACCCACACCAAUGAGAAACCAUACGCAUGCAGCAUCUGCAGGAAAACGUUUGCGCUCAUUGGAUACCUCAAACAACACAAGAUGACCCAUACCAAUGAGAAACCGUACGCAUGUGACAUUUGCGGGAAAUCGUUCUCGAAGAAUGGAAGCCUCAAGCUUCACAAGAUGACCCACACCAGUGAGAAACCGUACCCAUGCGAUAUCUGCGGGAAAUCGUUUGUGCACAGUGGAAACCUCCAGCGACACAAGAUGACCCAUACAAAUGAGAAACCGUACACAUGUGAUAUUUGCGGAAAAUCGGUCACGCAAAAUGUAAGUCUCAAGCGACACAAGAUGACUCACAUGGAUGAAUCACAUUUGACAUCUGUGGACAAUCUUAAAAAUGUAUGCACAACCUUAAGCGACACCAGACUGACCCUCACCGAUGACCAACCUAUGACUUGCGACCAAUGUGGACAGACUUUCGGAGAUCGGUUCAGCAUCAAGCGACACAAGGCCCACAUGGGUGAAAAACCGCACGCCUGCGAUAUCUGUGGGAUAUCAUUUGCACGAAAUGGAAACCUCAAGCAACACAAGUUGACCCACACGAAUGAGAGACCGUACAGAUGCGACAUCUGCGGACAAUCGUUCACGCAGAAUGGAAGCCUCAAGCGACACAUGAUGACCCACACCAACGAGAAACCGCACGCAUGCGACAUCUGCGGGAAAUCGUUUGUGCUGAAUGAUUACCUGAAGCAACACAAGAUGACACAUAUCAAUGAAAAACCGUACGCAUGCAACAUCUGCGGGAAAUCGUUCACGUGGAAUGGAAACCUCAAACAACACAAAAUGACCCAUACCAAUGAGAAACCAUACGCAUGUGACAUCUGCGGGAAAUCGUUUGUGCGGAAUGACAUCCUCAAGCGACACAAGACGACCCACACCAAUGAGAAACUGUACGCAUGUGACAUUUGCGGGCAAUCGUUCUUGCAGAAUGGAAGCCUCAAGCUUCACAAGAUGACCCACACCAGUGACAAACCGUACCCAUGCGGUACCUGCGGAAAAUCGUUUAUGCACAGUGGAAACCUCCAGCGACACAAGAUGACCCAUACAAAUGAGAAACCGUACACAUGUGAUAUUUGCGGAAAAUCGUUCACGCAAAAUGUAAGUCUCAAGCGACACAAGAUGACUCACAUGGAUGAAUCACAUUUGACAUCUGUGGACAAUCUUUAAAAUGUAUGCACAACCUUAAGCGACACCAGAUAACCCACACCGGAAACCGUAGGCGUGCGAUACUUGUGGAAAAUUGUUUGAACGUGACCACUGCCUUAAAAGGCACAAAAAGAUUUACUCCGAGAACAGGAAGACAGUAUUUGCAUGUCAAUUCUGUGACAAAGGGUUUAAAGAGAAAAGCAAGCUCUUGCAGCAUGAGGGGAUCCACACCAAUGAGAAACCGACCGCAUGUGACCUUUUAUGGCAGAUCUUUUGCGUGGAGCCCAAGCCUGAAGGGGCAUUGUAGGAUUCAUGCCGAACAAAAAACCUACAGGUGCAUUUUGUAAGAUAAGUCUGUCAGACAUGCGCGAAGCCUGAACAACCACCUGAACAUGCACACCAUUUAGGAAGCAUUUGCUGAACAGGCAUCAAUCGCAGGGCAAUUGUGAAUGGACCGUAGAAGUCGCUCGUAGUGGUUGAUUAUAAAACGACUCGUUGUCAUUGUGGGCUAAAAGUAGUGGUGAAAGCCUACUGAGCAGCGUCGAGUGCCCUUAGUCUGGCUGACGACACGAAACGUUUCAUGCGGGCACAACCAUGAUAUUUGAAUCGAAGGGCUCAUUGCAAUGUACUUUUAAUGCUCACCGAAAAUGCAACGGUGUUGUGUUACUGUUUUUAAGGGUGGCUUCCUUUGUUCUUAUGUUAUUCCGAAUUUCCAUGUUCAUUAGCAAGACUGUGAUGCCAUUCCUUUGGGAAUGUUUUAUGUAUUGCGCCCCCUAAAGUUUGCGCAUGAUUGUUUGCAACAAGGUACUAAUUAAUCGAUAUGGUGGAGGGCAGUGGAACAGUGGAGGGCGCUUUUAGACACUUUCCAAAGACCAGUGUGCAUAAGUCUAAGGAAUAUACCAGAUGUACAUGUACUGUGAAUCUUAAAAUUAGCUAAACUGUCAAUGUAUAAACGUGUUCCUUUUUCAAUGUGAAUUCGUCAAUCGCCCAAGUGAACUCAUGUACAUAACAACAGAUACGGUCGUCAUCAAGUCUUAUACAUUGUGUAAUAUUAGGCUACAAGAGUGCAUGCUGGAGCUAAUAAAAUCCCAAGUUAUUGAGUCCCCGUACGUCAGACCUGGCUCAGUUAAAAGAUGGAGGUGUGCAGACUCUCGUUAGUACAAACUCUGUUAAUACAAAUUCUGGUUAUAACAGACAUAAAGCCUUGGUCCUGACUGUGCAUGUAUGUGCACAUUAAAUGGGACCGAUAUUCCUCUUAAU